GGGCCAAUGGGGGAACCUUGUGACGAUUCGCAACCCAAUGGUAUCGUGCGCCCUUCCACCACACUUCAUUACGACGUUAGCUCCACACAAAGCAAAAGUCGCCAUGGAGUUCAACUACGUCAAGGCAUUCAAUGACUCAUUAUGCAGCAGCCACAUGGUAUACCUGCGUUAUGGUCCCAGUAUGACCGGGGACCCGCUCCAAAGUGAUUCCGCCUGCGACCAUGGUCUUCAAAUCAAUCGACGCGAGUUUGCUUCUGGCCAGUACGUGCCUGGCGCAAUGUAUAUGGACAUUGUGCACGCAUUUAUGUGGGAGAAGGCACUCGACGACGCUUGUGUUGGCGGCGGCGCCGACUUCUUCGUUCGUCCGAGCUGCGCCAGUCGUUCUUACACAGUGUACAGCGAUGCCAACUGCACGAGUCCAGUACCUACGAUCUUCGAACCGUCGUUACCCCGCAUCUCGUGCUCGAUACCCAAUCCCAGCGCUAACGAAGCCCCUAACACUGCCACGCCUCCGUUUUACGAAGUGCAGUUUGCACACCUGAAUUGCUCUGGCCUCGUCCAGUCGAUUCACCCCAGCUUAUCUCCACCUCGAAAUACCAUAAUCCCGUCCACUUGUCAACAAGGCGUGCAAACUCUGGUCAAGAAUGCAACGAUAUCCCCAAAUGCUACGUACAUGACGUUGGUUUCGUCUGGAGGCCGCACCUUCUCCCUGCUGAACGGGGCAUGUGUACCCGUGGGCCCAACUGACUUUGCCGUAGCCAACUGUUUGACGGGCGCCGUUUCGACCUUCGCCGACGCCGCGUGCUCCAAGCCGCGAUCGUCGUCUCCAACAACUCUUCUUACCGCCAUGCAGUCGUUCUUUCCUGUCUAUUCGUCGUCCUGUAGUUACCAACAGGUCCAGACUUUGUCGUCCCCACCAGUCGUGUUCGCGCAGGUUUAUUUCACCGACCCAGAGUGUUCGAACGCUCACUUGCAGUCGGUGGUGUACACGGCACGGCCAUCUACUGGCAAUCCUUUACCACCCCUCAGCGACCAAUGCCAGAACGGCUACAUUCUCUCGACUCGACCCCCUGCCCCCCGUUCCUUUUCCACUGACAAAUUGUACAUGAACGUCACUCUUCCCGGCGCGUCAGCGACUGUCCGCGACGCCACCUGCGCACCCCUCUUGGACGGGUACGUCUACGUCAACUGCGCCGCCCUCAGCGUGUUAUUCUUCCGCGACGCAGCGUGUUCCGUACCCCAGGAUGGAGAAGCCGGCGUGCCCCUGGUGACACUGUACAAGUCGUGCUUUGUUGCGAACACAGAUUCGUCGUCGUAUUACCUCGAGAUUGUCGGGGGCUUUGGGAUUGUUGUCUUGCUCGUAGCCGGAGUCUUUGCGAUAGUGCAAAAAGUUCGCGAGUGGCGAGCGGCCUUCAGUGCCAAACGGGCCACGUCCGACGCUACGGAUUUAGCCGUCUCCCCCGUCACCACCGUGUAGUGUUUGUACCCCAUAACACCUUGUAAAGUACCGAAAGAUAUUUUUCCAGCACCUGUAC